AUAGAGUGGUGCACCGCUGAAUGUUCGGUGACCGUCUGUUACUGCAGAGCUCCUCAUUAAAGGUGUGAUGUUGCUUCCACCUCUCCUGCUGCGUCCAUCGCUAUUCUGCCCUUUGACCUCGCCGCUGCUGACAGGAUGUGUGAGGACGCUUCACCGUGCCUCUCCUCGGGCUGAGCUGUUCCUGCGGCGGCCUCCCUCGCGCCUCCUCAGUGGGAGUGGCGGCAGGAAGUGGGGGGGUCAGGAGGACGAGUGGAGGGCGAGGAACAGGACGGUGCUGAUGUACAUCGCUGCUACCGGCGUGGGAAUGAUCGGCCUUUCGUAUGCUGCCGUGCCGCUGUACCGCCUCUACUGCCAGGCGACGGGGCUGGGCGGCACGGCGGUGUCCGGUCACGACGCAGAUCAGGUGGAGACGAUGAAGCCGGUGAAAGAACGCAUCAUCAAGGUGACCUUCAACGCCGACACGCACGCCGGCAUCCUCUGGAACUUUAGACCGCAACAGACGGAGAUCUACGUGGUUCCAGGUGAGACGGCGCUGGCCUUCUACAGAGCAAAGAACCCCACAGACAAGCCCAUCAUCGGCAUCUCCACCUACAACGUUGUGCCCUUCGACGCGGGCCAGUACUUCAACAAGAUCCAGUGCUUCUGCUUCGAGGAGCAGCGUCUGAACCCCCAUGAGGAGGUGGACAUGCCCAUCUUCUUCUACAUAGACCCAGAGUUUGCCGACGACCCCCGGAUGGCUCGGGUCGACACCAUCACUCUGUCCUACACCUUCUUCCAGGCCAAGGAGGGUCAGAACCUUCGUCUGCCCGGGUACAACUGA